GCAAAUUCAGACCCUAUCUACAAGACCGUAAUGCGUGCAAAUGUACAUCAAAUCCGGGCGAUUGUAGUAUAAAUGCUACAGCUACUGCUACAACAGCUACUAAUGCUACAACAACUACUCCUACAACAACUACUACCCCUACAACAACGACGACUCCUACAACAACGACGACUCCUACAGCAACUACUACAACCACCACAACUACAACCACCACCACAACUACCCUGAUUCAACAAUGUAGGUUUUCAUUCCUGUUUAACCCUGAACAUCCGGAGCACUGAUCUAUAGAAACCCAUGCUUGUCGUAGAGACGGAGUGGAGUCCGUGGUCAGGCUUGCUGAUAUGACCGAUGCACGUCAUCGAAGUCCACAUGAUCAGAUCGAUCUUAUGUAUUAUAUGUUUUAGAGUGCCCGUGAUUUCACACAGAAAGUGUGACUCAUCCAUUGAUUUGGUGAGCGCUCUUCUGUUAUUUAAUAUUGUCUAUGAUAUCCGCUGGGAAUGCAGAACUGUGUGAAUUCAUUUGGUACUUCGUAUAAGUAAUUCUUUAUCUCGAAUAAUUGAGACACGUGUGAUGUACGGAAAUUACCGAUGUUUUGCGAAUGCAAAUCGAUGGAAGGGAGAUAACUCUAAAUUUGUUUUCCUUGUCGUCUGCUAGAUUCUACGUCAUCUUAAUACGCUAUGUUAUGUUGGCAGUCUGUCCAGCAACAGCCACGACUACGGUGUCGACAGAGGCUACUUAACGCUAACGCCAUCACCAGCUGUGACGAGUUUCCGGGUCUUGUUUCUAUUGUCGCUCCUCAGGCCGCCAAUAUCACCGUUUGCACGGGUGUCAUCACGUCUGCUACGACACUGUCGCUACCAGCCAACUGCGCGUUGUUCGCAAACGGAGCCAACGUGAUUGCCCAAGAUGGAACGGUCGUUGCCUCGGAUUUGCAAGUCCCGGCUCCUGCCACUAUUGGAGGGCCAAUCACUGUUACUUUAGACACACCCAUUGAUGCUGGCAGCUGUCCCGGAGUAGCCUGUGUCUAUACGGCUGCUAUGGCUGAUGUUAUCGUCUUGGACCAGUGCCAAGUUGCUGCCGGAGGCUACUCCAGUAACACAGACUUAAGCGGUGGGAGCAGCUUCGAGUACCUGGACAUUCCGAGUCUCCAGCCAACUGACCAGUGUUUGGCCUUCAUUCAGGUCUCGUCACAAAACAUUUUCUUUGGAGACAGUCAAACGUACAACUGUUUCUUCUCUCCAACUGGGUCUACCUGUCAGGGCGAUAUGGGUGCGCCAAUCGUUUGUCCACUGACCACUGGGGAACAAGUGGUCAUUGGUCAAGUCGAGAAUAGCGAGUGCACGCCAGGUUCAGUCGUUGGAUUCUAUAAUCUUGAAGAAGCCUCUGUCCGGGUCGUGCAGGUCGGAUGAAGAUGAAGAUGACAUUCUUUGAAACCUGAAAAUAAAACUUUAAGAGAUUC